AUGCGGGCGGGCGGAACGCGCUUCGCUCUGAGGGUUUUCCCCACACAAAGGUCGCCUGAAGCUGGUAGUGACUCUGCCAAGGCCCCCGACGCUGCAACAGAGCCACAUUCGUUCGGAUGUGCCGACGAGCUUGAUCUCUUCCUCCCUCUUCUUAUCCAUAACAUGCUACUGAAGCCGGUCUUCGCCCUGCUCCGUACAGUUGCCAGCCCACCCCAAGCGGUAUUCCCGAACCUCCUUCGCCUCCAAUCUCUCAAGACCACCAGCACGCUGAGAAGUCACGUUCUCACGCCCCGUGGACAACUUUCCAGCCACCGCUUCCUGUCGUAUAGUCACACUUCUCGUCUCGAAAUGGCGUCUCAAAGCUCUGCUCAGGAAUGGAAACCGUCCAAACCGCGCGGCCAACAGCGCCCGUCGGAUCACAAGACUGGCACCAAGGGCGAGCCCAUGACGCCGCUGCCCUCGGCCACGCUCAUUGUUCUCUGCCCACGAUCCACCCGGGAGCCCAAUGGCGGGCUGCAGUACGACACGCUCAUGGUGCAGAGGUCCGCUCGAGACGGCUCCAGCUUCCGCUCCGCCGUCGUCUUCCCGGGAGGCGCACUCGACCUUGUGGAUGAAGCCGAGGUCGAGGCUGCGUUGCAAUCGACAACGCCUGGCACGGGCGCAGACGCAGACAAGGAGAGAUACAUGCAGGCGCUCAAGCUCUGCGCCUUGCGUGAGACAUUCGAAGAGACCGGCCUGCUACUCCUGCCGUCGGCAACACCGAGCGCCUCUGGCCUGCCCACCAGCCGUGCCGUCGGGCACCAAGAAGCAGGCAUGUCGGCCGAGGAAUGGUCGCAUGCCCGCAACGACGUCCAUCAUAAUGCCGUCGACUUUGCCCCUUUCCUGCGCAGAGUGUCGAGCAAGCUCGGCUUGACCGGCAAGCUCGGAGCAGGGGAUGCGGCGCUCCCCGAACUCGCCCCCAUGGCCCACCAUUCCAACUGGAUCACUCCGCGCAGCGUGGUCCGCCCCGCCAAACGCUUCGAUGCUCAUUUUUUCGUCACAGUGCUCGACACGCCGGAUGUGUUCGGAGACGAUACGUCGCUGCAGAUCUCAGCCGACGGCGCAGAGACGCUGUCGCUGCGUCUGCAGACUCCGCGCGAGAUCAUGUACGCCGGCAUCACCGACCAAAUCUCGCUUUUCCCGCCACAGUUCUAUAUCCUGGCCGACCUCGAGACUGCUCUGCGAGCGGCUACACCGGACGGACGCGUGCCCAUCAUCCCACUCAUCUUUGACCCGAGUCAGGCGACGGACCGGGUGUCUGCGGAUGCCGAGUUCCGCGUGACGCCGAUCGAGGAGGAGAGUCGCGGGCUCAAGGGUCGCAACUACUCGUGGGACCGCAAGGACGUGCCGUCCAGCACCGCGCCUCUUACAUCGUGGGUGUCGGACACCAACCCGCCGUUGUCGAAGCUGCGCGCUCUGGGAAGCGACCCAGACUCGUCCUUCCCUGAGGUGACGGCCGUGGAGCCGCGCGCGUUUCCUAAGCUCGGCGCCAUGCUCGACAUCCGCAAAGAGAUCGACGAGAACCGCGUGCUGGCGGAACAGAGCAGCGAGGGCAUCGACACUGACGAGCGCGAGGACAGCUUUGUCUUCCCUCUCGUCCUGCCAGGCGACUGGCAGGCCUCACCCGCACAACAGCAACGCGCACGCGCCGGCCUCCUCCUCCCAGGCGGCGCGGCAGAGUCCGCCACAACCAAGGCAGACGAGCAAGCACCGCCACUGAAGGGCACGCCGCUCAACCGGCUCUACGUCUCGCCGCGCGCCCCCGAGCACGGCGGCGGCAUGACGGUGCGCGGAGCGGUGCGCAGAGGCCUCGCCCACCUGCGCGACUUCCAGGUCGGCGUCCUCCUCGCCCAGCCCUCCCAGGCGGAGGAGCAGCAACGCUCAAAGCUCUGA